GACAUGGGGAGGUUCCCGUGCCCCCGCUGCCGCAUGGCGUUCAGCUCCCGGCAGCUCCUGCGGGCUCACCAGGAGAAGCUGUGCCUCGGGAUCACCGAGCCCGCCAGCUCCUGCCUCCAUGGAGGGAACCCUCUGCCUGUGGAGGGGGCGCCGGGCACGGCAGGGAGGCCACAGGGCACCUCGGUCAGGGUGUCCCUGCAUGGGGACGACUCUGAGCCACACCAUCACCUUGAGCUCCCUGGGGUCUCAGCUGCUGUGCAGGGACAGCAGGGACCGGGGUGGGCACGGGGGGCUCCCCUGGGGGCCGUGCUCACCCCCUGCGAGAGGGCCCUGCUCCGCACGGCCGACCCCGCUUCCAGGAGGCCCACAGUGCAGCAGAGAGAGCCCCCCCAGCAGCCGGUCCUGCCCCAGGGGCGGCAGCAGCCACCACGGGAGCUUCUGGAGGCCCACAAACGCCAAAUGGCCGAGAUCCAGGCCAGGACCCAGCAGCUGGAGCAGCAGAGGGAAGGGCUGUGCCGGCAGCUGGCAGCACUGGGGGCUGGGGAGCCCCAGCCCGAGCAGGGGGAGCUGGGGCUGGGCCAGGUCCUGCAGGCCCCAAAGGAGCAGCUCAGACAGGUGCAAGCGGCACAGCACAGGGCCACCCUCUACCUCGACACCCUCCUGCCACCCAUGGGGCCACUCGCUGCCGAGGCCAGGGCACUGCGACUGUCCUACCUGCGUGCUGGGGGACACGACCCGGCCAUCCUGGACCAGCUGCUCCACCUCCAGCUGGAGGCCACAGUGCUGGAGAAAGGAACCGCGGGGCUGCGCAGGGGCAGGAGGAUGGGUAAGGCCCAACCCCAGCCCCGUCUCCCUGCAGGGUCUGUGACUCCACAGCCGGCACCUGAGGCACCCCCGGCUGUGCCAGCAGAGCCCCCUGGCACUGGCACACAGGGUCUGGAUGCGGCACUGUUGGCUGUGGAGCUGGAAAACUGGCGUCUGGAAGAUGAAGUGUUGGCGCUGAAGGUCAGGAGGGAGAGGAGAGCUGACGCUGGCUCGAGGGCGGCCCAGUGGCACUCGGAGGAGCUGGCCCAGCUCCGGGCAGAGGUGGGGAUGCUGCGAUGCCACGCGGAGCAGGCGGGGCCACGGCUGCCCCCACCCAUCCUCCCACCCACUGUGGCUCCCCCACUGCCACCAGCCCUGGCUGUGCCAGAACUUUUUACGGAGCCCCCUGGGCCAGCGCUGGGGCCAGGCAGCCCCACAGCCCAUGUGCCCCACAGCCUCCCCCUCAGUACCUUUGUGGCCCUGGAGGACCCUCCUCCUGCUCAGGAGCCCCCAGAACAACACAAACCUCCACGAAGGCUGCUCGACACUGAGGGAGGCACCCCCAGAACCCACAGCAGGUUUAGCUGAGACUGAACCCCAGCACAGCCCCAGCUGUGACCACAGAGCUGGUGCCCCAGGAGAAGGAAAAAUGUCACAUCUAGACUGUCCCCAGACAAGACCACAGUGAAUUGCAUUCACUGCUCUCCUGCCCCUGAAGCAGCCAGCUCUGCCUGCCCAAUCCCACUCCCUUCUCCUGCCUCAUGAGGCAGAUGUGGAUGGAAAUGCUGAAGCUCAAGGGACCAAGAGCCCAUCACUGGGCCAGGGCUGAGACCUGCACCCCAGAGGAACAGCCAGGAGCAGUGGCUGGAACCUGGCACAGGAGGAAGGUCAAGACAGGGACUAUUUGCUU